GGAGUCAAGGCAAACCGUGCUUUUUGGGUAUAGAGAGAGAGAGUAACCUACUACUACAUACUACAGAGCCAAGCAAUUUCUAGAGAGAGAAUUCCGAUCAUCCUUUUAACGGCGAUUAAUUCGAACGAAGUUUCGGCUCUAAAGAAGAAACCGUUCUUGAGAAUCAUACUUUUCUGAUUUGUUCGCUCUUUCGCAGUUUAAUUUGAGGAUUCAUCAUCAUCUGAAGAAGAAGAAUAGAGAUGGCGUGGCCUUCGUAUUUAGAUGAAUACGAGAAGCUUGUCACAAGGAUGACGAUGCCGAGAGCCAUGGUUGAUAAUGCCGGUUGUUCAAAUUCCACACGCGUUAUUAUUGACAGCGCCAGGAAACAUGGAAAUCUUCUCCAAGCAGUUCAGAUCCUUACUGAUUUGAACCUCUCUAUUAAAAAAGCCUACGUAUCAUCCGACGGGAGAUGGUUUAUGGAUGUUUUCCACGUGACUGAUUUAAAUGGAAACAAAUUAACCGACGAGAGCGUCAUCAACUUCCUAGAACAGUCGCUUGAAUCAAUUCAUCAUUCGAGCCCGAAGAACUUCGAAGGCUUGACAGCGCUCGAGCUAACCGGGACAGACCGUGUUGGCUUACUAUCAGAGGUUUUCGCAGUUUUAUCAGAAUUACAAUGCAAUGUUAUCGAAUCCAAAGUAUGGACGCACAACGGAAGAAUAGCUUCAUUAAUCUACCUCAAAGAUUGUGAAUCCGGUUCAUCAAUUGAAGACUCGCAGAAGCUCCACGACAUCGAAGCUCGAUUGAGGAACGUGUUAAAGGGAGACAACGACAUCCGGAGUGCGAAAACAUCAAUCUCGUUGACUGAGACCCACACAGAAAGGAGACUUCAUCAAAUGAUGUUUGCUGAUCGUGAUUACGAAAGGGAACCCAUAAUAAAAACGUAUACAGAUUUUCUCAAUGUGGCAGUCCAGAAUUGCUUGGAAAGAGAGUAUUCUGUCGUGAAUAUACAAUGCAAGGACAGGAUGAAGCUUCUGUUUGAUGUUGUUUGUACUUUAACUGAUUUAGAGUACGUUGUUUUUCACGCAACAAUCAACACUGCUGAAGAUAUGGCCAAUCUGGAAUUCUAUAUCAGACAUGUAGAUGGAACACCGAUAAGUUCAGAUGCAGAGAAUCAAAGGGUGAUUCUGUGUCUUCGUGCUGCCAUAGAAAGAAGAGCAUCUCUAGGAGUUAGAUUGGAACUACGUAAAGAAGACAAAAGAGGACUGCUAGCUGAGGUAACAAGAACUUUCCGAGAAAACGGUUUAAACGUGACUCAAGCUGAGAUAUCGACUACAAAGGAAGUAGCUCUCAACAUCUUUUAUGUUACCGACGCAAUAGGAAACGAAGCUGAUCCUAACCUGAUAGAAUCGGUUAGAGACAAAAUCGGAUUAAACAGCUUGAAAGUUAAGGAAUUGCCCAAAAUAUUCCACGACAAGACCGAAAGAGAGGAUACGACGUCGUCGUCGAAUACUUCAGUUGGGAUUGGGGGGACAGUUUUGCUGCUGUUGGGGAGUAUACUUAGAAGAAAUCUUUACAAUUUGGGAUUAGUCAGAUCCUAUUCUUGAAUCUUGAAUAUGGUUUCCGGGUCGGGUGUACAUAUAAAGUUGGGUUGUAUUGGAUUAUUUUCUUUUGAAGUAUAUAUAGUACAUGACUAAAUGUUGGACGAUAGAAAUAUGAGAGUCUUGGUAGUAUUAGUUGGUGAUCCAAUUAAUUUGUACUUGUACUUAUUAAUAAUAAUAUUUUUGUAUAUAAAUCUAGAAGA